AUGAAACGCGGGGAAGAAAAAAGUUAAGCUGGCAGUCAGUUAUCAGAAGAGGAGAAUACAGUUGGUGGCAAAAAACUGAAACCCAGAUGAGAAUCUGUAAGCGAUAUUGAGAGCAUUGAGUGGGGGAACCUCCCGGAGGUGGUUCUGCACAUAUUCCAGUAUUUGCCUCUCCUUGAUCGCGCGCGCUCACAAGUCUGCCGCAGGUGGAACCAAGUGUUUCAUAUGCCAGAGCUCUGAGCGUUUGAGUUUGAACUGAACCAGCCAGCUACAUCUUACCUAAAGGCUACCCAUCCAGAGCUUAUCAAGCAAAUUAUCAAAAGGCAUUCCAACCAUCUACAGUAUGUCAGCUUCAAGGUGGACAGUAGCAAGGAAUCAGCUGAAGCAGCUUGUGAUAUCUUAUCGCAGCUUGUGAACUGUUCUUUAAAAACACUAGGACUAAUUUCAACAGCUCGACCAAGCUUCAUGGAUUUACCCAAGUCACACUUCAUUUCUGCACUGACCGUGGUAUUUGUAAACUCCAAAUCCCUUUCUUCACUUAAGAUAGACGAUACACCAGUAGAUGAUCCAUCUCUAAAGGUACUAGUGGCUAAUAACAGUAAUACCCUGAAACUGUUAAAGAUGAGCAGCUGUCCUCAUGUUUCUCCAGCAGGUAUCCUCUGUGUGGCUGAUCAGUGUCAUGGUUUACGUGAAUUGGCAUUGAACUACCAUCUGCUAAGUGAUGAGCUCCUUCUUGCUUUGUCUUCUGAAAAACAUGUCAGAUUAGAACAUUUGCGCAUUGAUGUAGUCAGUGAGAAUCCAGGACAGACACAUUUCCACACAAUUGAGAAGAGCAGCUGGGAUGCUUUUAUCAAACAUUCUCCCAAAGUGAACUUAGUCAUGUAUUUUUUCUUAUAUGAAGAAGAGUUCGAUCCAUUCUUUCGUUAUGAAAUUCCAGUCACUCAUCUUUAUUUUGGAAGAUCGGUCAGCAAAGAUGUACUUGGCCGGGUUGGAAUGACAUGCCCUCGCUUAGUUGAACUAGUGGUGUGUGCCAAUGGAUUACGGCCACUGGAUGAAGAACUGAUUCGCAUUGCAGAACAUUGUAAAAACCUGUCAGCUGUUGGCCUUGGGGAGUGUGAAGUCUCCUGCAGUGCCUUUGUUGAAUUUGUGAAGAUGUGUGGUGGCCGCUUGUCUCAGCUGUCUAUCAUGGAAGAAGUCUUGAUUCCUGACCAGAAGUACAGUUUGGAGCAGAUUCAUUGGGAAGUGUCGAAACAUCUUGGUAGGGUUUGGUUUCCAGACAUGAUGCCUACAUGGUAGGCUCCCAAAAGAAAGGAGGGCAUGUGGAGCAGUGUCUUCUAUUUUGAGCAUACCAUACUGCAACUUAAUCAUAUAAGCUAUUUGUGUCCUAGACAACACAUGUAUUAUUUAAUGCUGGUUUCUAAAAUCCAGGUUAUCAGGGGAAUCCGAGGAUAUUCUGAAGCACUUGCCUGUAUACAACAUUUUGUCGUUUGCUCUUUUUCCAUUGAGAUGACCCUAAAUAUAGGUAGAAAUUAUUUCAUUUAUUCAGAUACUCAAGUUCCAUAUUCAUAAACGGUUUUAAACUACACUUGGAUUUUAGGUACUACGACUGAAGUGGCUGACUGAAAUUCAGUUUGCAAGGCUUGGAUGAUCACUUAUUUUGUCGACACCUAGAAACACUUAAAAAUACAUGAGUUGAAGAAUAAUCAGCAGAUUAGACUGCAAAUCGUCUGUAGGCUGUAAAUGUUUUGAUGAUACAAUUACAAAGACAGAGCAAUACAGCAAUGUAGUUCAACAUAUUUGUAUAUAAAAUGUCUUUUAUCUGCUGUUUAUUAAAUUGCUCUGGAGACUAGAA